AUGGUUUGUGGCGUUACGGAUUCUGCUGGCAAUAGUGGUGGUGGCAGUAUUGCUUGGAAUGGAAACAACUGGGCCAUGGGAUGCGAUUUCAAAGGAAAAAAUUUGUCAAGUGCUCAAGUACCUGCUGAAGAUUGUGGUGGAAAAUGCGCUGCCACACAAGGAUGCACUCACUUCACCUGGACUACAUUUAAUGGGGGUACUUGCUGGAUGAAACAAGGCCCAGCUUCUAAAGAUGAUGCUUACGCAAUAGUUGAUAUAUCCACGGUGUGUGGUUUAGUGGGACAAACUCCUCCAACUGGACAGGCUGGAACUACCACUAGAUACUGGGAUUGCUGCAAACCCAGCUGCUCAUGGCCUGGCAAAGUUUCUGGAUCCAAUGCUUUUGUGCAAACUUGUAGCAAGGAUGGUUUCUCUGUCCUUACCAAUCCCAAUGCUGGCAGUGGAUGUGAUGGAGGUGAAGCCUUCGUCUGUAACAUUCAGAGACCAUGGGCCGUCAAUGACCAACUGGCCUAUGGAUUUGCUGCCGCCACCAUUCCAGGCUUGAGUGAACAAGACCGUUGCUGUUCAUGUUACAAACUUGUUUUUACCAAUGGUCCAGUCCAAGGAAAAACGAUGAUCGUCCAGGUCACUAACAGCGGAAGUGAUGUGAAUCCAAAUCAAUUUGAUCUUCAAAUUCCUGGAGGAGGCGUUGGAAAAUUCAAUGGAUGCCAGUCACAAUGGAACGCACCUCAAGAUGGAUGGGGCAGUCGAUAUGGUGGUGUUUCUUCUCGUCAAGAAUGUGAUAAUCUUCCUCCGCAAAUUCGAGAUGGAUGCUACUUCAGAUUUGAUUGGUUCAGAGGAGCAGACAAUCCCUCCAUGACGUAUUACAAAGUGCAAUGUCCCGCUGAAUUGAUAGGCUUCACUGGAUGUUCUCGCUGA